AUGAUUGAAUUUCAGUGGCUGACAGGAGCUGACCCAACUGAAUGCUCCACACACGGCAGCAAAUCUGGUCCAGAGGGGUUCGACCAAACCAGACAGAGCUGGACCGAGUGGGUUGCAGAUGACACUCGCAACCUCCAGCUCGCAGCGGAGUGCCUCAACCCGACAAAAGGCCCAAACACGGACGGUUUUCUCGCCGUCAAUGAUGCAAUCGAUGAGCAUCGACGGCGACUCGUGCGCAGACGAGGGUCAAGUGGCGUACGAGUUGACCCCGUUCCACUGAGGCGCACAAUCCCAAAUUUUGAGGCAGCGAACCCUGAGAAUUACCCAGGGUUGGAGACGGAGCUGCGUGCGCCUCUCGAAGAUCCUUAUGUGGUGCGAGAUGGACUGAUCCACUGCAAUCUCGCAAGAUGCCCAUUGAUGCGCACAGAAGCGUUCGCAUCAAUUCGGGCGUGGAAGCUGCAUGUGGUCAAAACGAGAGCGCAUGCACUCGAUGGUAAGAAUUCUUGCUACUUUUAUCAAUAAAU